GUCCGUUACCAUGACAACAGCCACGAAUGGGGAGCAGCAUGUGGAGGGAGGAGAGGAGAUCAGUACAGGUGUUGAUGGGAUUUCCGCAUGGCUUUAUUCAUGCUUGCUGUGAUGACUGUAGGCUACUGGACGUAGAUAACAGCUGUCAGCAGAACACCACCUACGCAAACUCACCAUAGUUUCCCCAUCUAUUCGGUAACCUUGCUUUUCGGGAAUACGGAGCGUAUAAUUGAAUUUACGGUGGAAAUAAUUAUCAACAACCAAACGGUAAUAUGGUGCAUCACUCGGGAUCCACACAGUCCUUCAAGCAGCAAAACGGCAUGCACACAAGCAUCAGUGAGAUCUUGAAGGAGAAGACGCUGAAGUCGUCCCGUCGCAGUCUGCCCUGCCUGGCUCAGAACCAGAUACACCCACAGAGCCUCAGCCACUUUCUGUCCAUGCCCUGCACCCCUGACGACAAGCCCCAGACACCGGUAGGGCUGGGAGUUAGCAAGCCUGAGCUCCAGGACCAGACACCUGCCCAGCUCCAAACCCAACAGGACCCCUGGUUACAGCACCAGGCCCAGCAGGUCGACCCCUGGUUACAGCACCGGGCCCAGACCCAGCCUCUGACCCACAGUCACAGCAACUCCUGCAACCUCAUCGCAUCAAAGACAGAAGCUGCGAAGGACCACUAUGGGGAGGAGUCAGAAGCUGCGAAGGACCACUAUGGGGAGGAGUCAGAAGCUGCGAAGGACCACUAUGGGGAGGAGUCAGAAGCUAGUGCGUACAAGGCAGGAAGGACAGACGAGUCGUUUCUCAUUCAGAAACCUGCCAUCCGAGCCAAAUUAGAGGCACGAGCAGAUUCGCUUCAGGGGACCAACCUCGGGCAGCCGUCUGGUCUGAUGUUCAGAGAUGGAAAGAAGCGUAUCGAUUACAUCCUGGUCUAUAAGAAGUCCAGUCCUCUGGUGGAAAAGAGAGUCACCUUCAAGAGGAACCUGAGAGCUGAGGGGCUGAUGCUGGAGAAAGUGCCGUCUCUGACCAACACCGACAUAAUGUUUGUGAAGAUCCAUGCACCCUGGGACACGCUCUGUAAAUACGCCGAGCAGAUGAAUAUCAGAAUGCCAUUCAGGAAAAAAAUGUACUUUACGGAUUGGAAGAGCAAAGUUAUGGGCAGCCGGUUCCAUCUGAGGUGUCGUCAGAUAAAGAGCUGGUUACCCAGGAACCCCAUGAAGCUGGACAAGGAGGCCCUACCUGACCUCGAGGAGACAGACUGCUAUACAGCCCCGUUCAGCAGGGCACGCAUGCACCAUUUUACCAUCAACAACAAACAGACGUUCUUCUCCAACUCCACCAGAAGCAGAAUAGUCCACCAUGUUCUCCAACGCACCAAGUAUGAGGACGGGAAGUCUAAGAUGGGUAUCAACAGGUUAUUGGGCAAUGGAACAUAUGAGGCUGCAUUUCCUCCACACGAGGGUGGCUAUAGGAGCCGACACCCUAUUGAGACCCACGGUGCCCAAAACCACAGACACCUGCUGUACGAGAGGUGGGCUCGCUGGGGCAUGUGGUACAAGUACCAGCCUCUCGACCUUAUCAGGCGUUACUUUGGGGAGAAGAUUGGGCUGUACUUUGCCUGGUUGGGCUGGUACACUGGCAUGCUGAUCCCUGCAGCUCUGGUGGGUCUCUUCGUCUUCCUCUACGGACUCCUUACUAUGGACACUAGUCAAGUCAGUAAAGAGAUCUGUGAGGCCAACACAACAAUCAUGUGUCCCAUGUGUGAGCAGAACUGCAAACCCUGGAAACUCAGUGACAGCUGUGUCUAUGCAAAGGUGACCCAUCUCUUUGACAAUGGAGGAACUGUGUUCUUUGCUAUCUUCAUGGCUAUAUGGGCCACGGUGUUCCUGGAGUUCUGGAAGAGGAGGAGGGCGGAGCUGACGUAUGACUGGGACCUCAUCGACUGGGAGGAGGAAGAGGAGAAUCUGCGGCCCCAGUUCGAAGCCAAGUACUCCAGAUUAGAGAGAGUAAACCAUAUCUCUGGCAAGCCGGAGCCCUUCCAGCCCUUGACUGACAAACUCAGCAGACUCAUGAUCUCUGUGUCCGGCAUCUUCUUCAUGAUUUCUCUGGUCCUGACAGCGGUGUUUGCGGUGGUGGUGUUUCGACUGAUCGCCAUGGAGAAGUUUGCAUCGAUCGACUGGGAGUUUGUCAAGAAGAACUGGCAGUUUGCCACCUCUGGCACCGGCGUCUGUAUCAACUUCAUGAUCAUCAUGUCUCUGAAUGUGGUCUAUGAAAAGGUGGCUUACCUUCUCACCAAUUUAGAACACCCGCGGACUGAGUCAGAAUGGGAGAACAGUUUUGCGCUCAAGAUGUUUCUCUUCCAGUUUGUGAACUUGAACAGCUCUACGUUCUACAUCGCUUUCUUCCUUGGAAGGUUCGCCGGCAGACCAGGAAAAUAUAACAAACUGUUCAAUAGAUGGAGACUGGAGGAGUGCCACCCCAGUGGCUGUCUGAUUGAUUUGUGUCUACAAAUGGGAGUCAUCAUGGUCCUAAAACAGAUCUGGAACAACUUCAUGGAGCUGGGUUAUCCUCUGCUUCAGAACUGGUGGUCUCGCAGGAAAAUGCGGACAGAGAGUAAGGAGAGGACAGGAGGUGGACAGAAUGUGGAGAACAAAGUACAGCUUCCUCAGUGGGACAAAGACUGGAACCUGCAGCCCAUGAAUGCCCACGGCCUGGUGGAUGAGUACCUGGAGAUGGUUCUCCAGUUUGGUUUCAUCACCAUCUUCGUCGCUGCUUUCCCGUUGGCUCCUCUCCUGGCUCUGCUCAACAACAUCAUAGAGAUCCGUCUGGACGCCUAUAAGUUUGUCACUCAGUGGAGAAGACCCAUGCCUGCCAGAGCCACAGACAUCGGUAUCUGGCAUGGUAUCCUGGAGGGGAUCGGCGUGCUGGCUGUCAUCACCAACGCCUUCGUCAUCGCCAUCACCUCCGACUACAUCCCACGCUUCGUCUACGCGUUCAGAUACGGACCCUGUGUGGACAAGGGAUACCGUCAGGACGAAUGUCUACGAGGCUACAUGAACAGCAGUCUGUCUGUGUUUGACAUGGGCGAGCGCUGGAACGUGAGCGAGGAGCAGAGUAGAUUCUGCAGGUACAGAGACUACAGAGCCUCUCCCUGGAGUCCAGUACCAUACGACUUCACUCUGCAGUUCUGGCACGUCCUGGCUGCAAGACUAGCCUUCAUCAUCGUCUUCGAGCACCUGGUGUUUGGCAUCAAGUCGUUCAUCGCGUACCUGAUCCCAGACAUGCCCAAGAGUCUGUGCGACCGCAUGCGGAGGGAGAAGUACCUGAUGCAGGAGAUGAUGUAUGAAGCAGAGCUGGAACAUCUGCAGAAGGAGAGGAAGAACGGCGGGAGAUAUCACUACGAGUGGCCUUAGUGUCGGCCAUGUUAUGUUACAUCCCCCUGUACUACAUACAGUACCUCGUCUGCAUACCUACAGCAUAUACACUCAUAUAUACAGUACACUGAAUAUACACACCAACAUACUCUCUCAUGCACACACACCAACACACACACCAACACACACACACACACACACCAAGACACACACCAAGACACACACACACACCAAGACACACACCAACACACACACCAACAUACACACAAACACAUACGCACCAACACACAAACACAUACACACACCAACAUACACACACCAACAUACACACACCAACAUACACACCAAAAUAUACACACACACACAACAUAAGCACUCCCAUUCUCCCUUCUGCACAUCAAAGAAGCCCUCUUCGGUUACCAGAGGUCCUUCUACCAUCCUCCUCUGUCCCCGUCCUCUGUCCCCGUCCUCUGCCCUCUGUCCCCGUCCUCUAUCCCUGUCCCCCGU